AUGUCUGAGCUUAAAAACAACGAGGUGCCUUGUGACACAGAAGGAUGCUCAGAGCAGGAGGCUGAUACUGUCUCGUUAUUACCUGUGGAUGUAACCAUGGUGCCAUCCGUACAGAUCGGUCUGGGCCUUGUUCCAGAGCCACCUGCUGAACACGAGCAAGAGAAAAAGCUGCAGUCGGUAGUGCAAGAUAAUGACAAGGUGGAUGGGACAGGUGACAUAACUGAUGAUGCAACGGAACUUAUUACAGAUGCAGCGCCUGCUGGGUCACCAAGGCAGCAGCAACGGCGAUGCCGUAAAGCAAAGAUAUUUAAGCUACAUGCUACGCCCAUGAAGGUAAUGAUAUUCUAUUAUUCCCUUACCGCAGCGCUUCCAACUAUGGAUAUAGCAACAAGCACAGUCGCAAUGCCUGUUAUCGCAAAAGAGUACGGUAUUGAUAUCUCGUUAACACAGUGGAUUACCGUUGCCAUGAACCUUGGCUGUGCAGUCUCUGGAACAAUCUCGGGAAAGUUCCUGGAACGAUUUGGUUCAAUUAAUAUGUUCCUUUGCUGGGCCUUCCUGGCAACGCUUAGCAGUCUGUGCUCUGCCUUCAUGCCAGAGUUCUAUUCUCUCUUAGUUAUGCGCUUCAUCACUGGUAUUGCAUUGACAGGCAUGAACGUCACUAAGGGGUAUCUUUUCCGAUUGCUGCCAUUCCCAGAAAGGGUUAAGCUGGGCUUGUUCUUGACCAUUAUGCUGUUCGAUUUGGGGGCUAUCAUUUCGCCGCUUAUAGCAGGAUUUAUUAUUGAGCAUAUGAGUUGGCGUGCUUGCUAUAUCGUCUGUGCGGUGCUUUCUGCGAUCACAUUUUCCAGCAUGGCUUUUGUAUAUGAUCCGUUUACACGGGCAGAAAAGCGUAAGACAGACUUUGGUGGCAUCAUUCUAUUAUCCUUUGCGUACAUUGUUUCGUCUCUCAGUGCUAGUGUCCUAGGCCAGCAGAUCUUUCUUAUUGGCUCAAUCCUGUUCAUAAUAGGGUGCUUGCUAUUUGGCUUCUUUAUUUUCCUAGAGAAGCGAGUUACUCAUCCACUUAUUCCUUUGAAAAUAUUGACCGGACCACUGAAGGCGUUAUUGAGCAUUCACUUGCUUGCUGCAUUUUAUCGCAAUGCCACACGCAUGCUUGUUCCAUUCAUAUACUCAGUUAUUUAUGAACAAUCCUCUGUGUUUGUUGGUAUAUUGAAUGCCGUCUUUGGCCUAAUGGAUAUCUUAACAGCUACAAUUCUUCCUAUCCUUGACAAACGGUACACGACACGCAGGAUCUUUUCAGUCUGCUUUAUGGGUAUAACUGCUUGCACAGCAGCGUUUCCGUUUGUCACGUACAACAGCUUUUAUCCCUCUAUAGUUCUAUUUGUGGUGGCCUUUGCAUUCCUUAACAUAGUGACCUCUAUGUCAUGGGCAGUCAUCCUCACGACGGCGCCUGUGUCCCAACUUUCUGUCAUCUCUGUACUACCAAACCUGUCCAAGACCCUAGCGUGUAGCGUGGGCACUUGUAUUGUUUCUUCUCUCCAUUCCAUCAUGUUACAGGGAGACUAUGGCGCUCUCUACCCAGUUGUUGGUGAUCCGUACUACAAUAAGAGCUAUGCACGAGCAACAAGCGUGUGUAUGGGACUCAUGUUCAUAAGCAUUUUCUUAACAACGCUCAUUUGUGUGCUAGGACUAUCUAACUAUGAAGCUGAUCGAGGAAAGAAAGGAUUUUCUGAAAAGAGGUUUGUGACAUUCAAGGAUGCAUAG